AUGGCGAGGCGGCGAAAGCAAACUUUUGGAAGGAAGAAGAUCGCUAUGAAAUUGAUUGAAGACGCGAAAGCACGGAUGGUAACAUUGCGCAAGCGUCGAGAUGGCAUUUUCAGCAAGGCGAGUGAACUUUCCACAAUGUGUGGUGCUCAAAUGGCCUUCAUAGUUACCAGUAUGGCUGGGAAGGUGCAUUCUUUAGGAAGUCCUGAUGGUUACGUGAAUCGGAAUCAUCGCAACAUUCAUAAUUGCCCCAUUGAAAAUUUUAGUGAGGCGAAAAUGAAUGAUCUAUACCAAAAACUUAAUGAGGUCAAUCAACAAUUGAAUCAGGAGGAGUCUAGGGCAAUCAUUUUAAGGCAAAAAGUUGAUGACAUUCGUGAAUUGUUCAUUGAGAAGCAUGACCGCGACGACGGGUUGAAGAAACUUUUAAAUUCCAUGAUGGAGUUUAAGGAGAAGAUGGUGCUUGGUGCAAGGAAAAUCACAACCGCGUCAGAGGCUUCUUCGUCGUCGCAAGGUGGAAAAGAGGUAAUCCCGAGCACCACAAAUUAG